GAGAGGGAGUGGCCAAUGCGCCUGUCCGCUUCCCAGGCGAUUCCCAAAAUCCCAAAAUCCCGGAACCCCCCACCGUAACCUCCACCCAUCCAAAUCCACACGAACGGCGGACCAAGUCGCGAUUAUCCGCUGCCAGGGCACCCCAAUGUCUUGGCCCGGCCUUAUCCCUGGCUUUCACUUCCGGCACUCGGCAGCGACGACAACUACAGCAGCGAAGUGCCAGGUUUACCACUAGCACCAGCACCAGCACCAGCACCACCCCCACUUUCUACUUUCCCAUUUCACCAACCACCGCCGGUUAAGACCGCCCGGCGAUUGCAAAUCGGAAUGCUGCAUUCAGUGCUCCGGGGUUAGUGACUCGCAAUGGAAUUCGGCGGAGAUUCCAUCAGAUGCGCGACCCGGAUACGGAUAGGGAAGUCAUAGCCAUAGCCAUAGCCAUAGCCACAACCAUAGCCAUAGCCAUCGCACCCAGUGACCAUGAUUGUGAUGAGCAUCUGGUGCAGCAGCCUCAGCUUGAGCAGCCGCAGCCUGGCCAUCGCCGUCGUCGUCAGCGUGACUCUGCUCUACUUCUCCUACAGCUUCAACGCCUGCCUCUUGGCCAGCAUAAGUCGCAGUUUGCAGCAGAGCAACAUACGCAACCUGCUGGCACUCACCUCCUCGACCCGCAACGACACUAGUGACGAAGGCAACAGCAGCAGGAGCAGCAGAAGCAGCAACAACUCCUCCGUCUCCCCCGUCUCCCCCGUCUCCUCCAGCAGUGCUCCUCCAGCCCAGACGGUCACCAGCAGCCUGGAUGGGGCGCCCAAGUAUCAGCUGCUCCGGCAGCAGGGCCUCCGACCGUCGCGCCACCUGCCCGACACGCUCAUCAUCGGCGUGAAGAAGAGCGGGACGCGGGCGCUGCUCGAGUUCAUCCGCCUGCAUCCGGACGUCCGGGCCGCCGGCUCCGAGGUGCACUUCUUCGACAGGCACUAUCAGCGCGGCCUGCGCUGGUACCGCCACCACAUGCCGUACACCAUCGAGGGCCAGAUCACCAUGGAGAAGACGCCCAGCUACUUUGUCACCAAGGAGGUGCCGCAGCGCGUCUACCACAUGAAUCCGGCCACCAAAUUGCUGAUUGUGGUGCGGGAUCCGGUGACGCGGGCCAUUUCGGACUACACGCAGGCGGCGAGCAAGAAGGCGGACAUGAAGCGCUUCGAGCAGCUGGCCUUCGUCAACGGAAGCUACGCGGUGGUGGACACCAACUGGGGCCCGGUGAAGAUCGGGGUGUACGCCCGCUUCCUGGAGCGCUGGCUGCUCUACUUUCCGCUCUCGCAGCUGCUCUUCAUCAGCGGCGAGCGGCUGAUCAUGGACCCCGCCUACGAGAUCGGCCGCGUCCAGGACUUCCUCGGCCUGAAGCGCGUGGUCACCGAGAAGCACUUCUACUUCAACGCCACCAAGGGUUUCCCCUGCCUUUUCAAGUCGGAGGCCCGCUCCACGCCCCACUGUCUGGGCAAGACGAAGGGGCGGAACCACCCGCACAUCGAUCCCGGGGCCAUCGAGCGGCUGAGGGAGUUCUACCGGCCCUUUAACAACAAGUUCUACCAGCUGACCGGCAUCAACUUUUCCUGGCCAUAGGACAAGAGGCUGGUAUAUGGCCGGCAUGCGGUAAACCAAUGGAGUUAAAUUUAGAAAAAGGAGACAUUGUUGUUGCUGGCUAGGCAACGGACUGAUAUUGUUGAUUGCAUUUUUGAUACAUACAAUUGUACUUAUAUAUAGUAUAUACACACACGUAAACUUAGUGCUCAAUUAAUUGUAGCUUUAUCGGGAGACAAAUUCAACGAAGUGCGUCCUACACGAAGUAUGCACUCAAAAACAAUACGGUUCCUCUAUCCAAUUCAAAUGAAAAUCAACACACACUUUUCCCCACUAUACUCGAAAAUCACACACAUAUGCCUAAGAUAAUUAUGUGCAUUUAUAUACAAAUAGUGAACAAAUAGAGCUUACUACGAAAUUCCUACAGUCUCCUAUAUAGUAUAUAUUGAAUACAUAUUAUAUAAAUAGUUCCAAGAAUUUCAAUUGCAUGACUCAACCAAUACAAUUGCUUAGCUAAUUUCAAUUAAAACACAACCUAAAUAAAUCGA